AUGACCAAACCAGACACAGUACUUUAUCGUGGCGCCGAACUGUCUGAUGACUUUAUUGCUUCACUCCAAGAGGAUUAUUUUGAGCAUCCAAAACCACUGCGUUCCUUUCAAGCAUUCACUUCAUGUACUCGAAAUCUCGAAGUAGCUAAGAUGUUCGGUAAUGUUUUAUUUGUUAUGGAGCUGUCUAUCGCAUUUACUGUCGAUCUUCAAAAAUUUUCAAAUUUUCCUGAUGAAGAAGAAGAGUUACUAUUGCCUGGUGUUUGCUUCACUAUUGACCAAAUGGAAUUUGACACAGAUGAGAAGAAAUAUGUAAUUUAUUUAACUCUUCAACAAAGACAUGCGAGAACUGAUCAACAUGAAGUAUUUCGGGAUGUAGCACAAAUAAAGCAACAACACUCCAAUCAUUCUUUUUUUCAUUUUAAUCCUAAUUAUCGUGCUAAUUUUGGCGAUCAAUAUGAGCUUGUUUUGCAUAAUAACCCUGCUUUUCAUCUUCUCCAUCGUGAUGAUCAUGAUACUAGUAUUGAUAUGGUGAUUGGUGCUUUUGCUAGUCGUGCGGCCGAUCAUUAUGAUCGUUUUGGUCGUGAUAGUGAUUGGAAUGAUGCAUGA